AUGAUUCUAAUCUUCAUUUCCAUUCUAUACAUUCUUGGAGGAGUCGACGCGCAACAAAAUUGUGCGCGGUGCGUCGAUUAUAAGAACUUAUCCUUACCAUCUGGUUCGAGCUCUCCUGAAGUGGAACUCGUGGUUAAUAUUUUUUUCCUUGACAAUGGUUGCAAAAUAACAAACUUCAAGUGCGUGGUCGUGAAGACAGAAUGCACUGCUGCAGCUUACAUGACUUCGAGAAGCACUGGUGCAGAACCUUCUGCCCUACUGAUGGUGGUGGUGAGGACCCUGUAG